AUGGACCCGCUCUCCAUCGCUACCUCUGUGGUAGGGCUAACGGCAACGUGUCUCUCGACUUGCAAAAAGCUUCAUGACCUUGCCGGGGAGUAUGAAGAUGUGCCAAGCAUCAUUGCUAUGAUAUGCUCCGAGUCGACUGUCAUCAGCAUGGGGCUGUCUGAGCUACAAUCUAAGAUUUUACACCGCGACGAUCUUGCACAGGCUUGGGCUUCUCGAACAGAUAUUUUAAAUGUUUUUGAGGUUGCAUUAACAGGCUGUAUGACGGUCUUUAGUUGUUUGGAAGCUGAGACGAGGAAUCUCAAGCAAAGGAACCCUACAGUUUUAGCUAAACUCCCUGGCGUCUUGGCUAGACUUAAGUUUAUAUGGAAUCAGGACCGGCUUAAAGAACUCUUGGAAGCACUCAGAGGUCAACAGACAUCAAUUACAUUUCUCCUAAAUAUUCUUGAAAUGGAUACACUUUCUAAUAUUCAGAAAGACAUCCGCAAACACACUCACAAGAUUGAGGCUACAGCAGCCGAAGCUCAAUCUCUACAAUCCCGGAUUCCCAGCAUCAAGAUUGAAUCCCAAUCCAUAUUCGACAAAGACGCCUCUAGACUCAGUCUCUUUGAGGCAACUUCAAAUUUCGCGCCUUCAGAACUCGACUUCCAGUUUGAUGACUUAGUCAUUAAUAGCAAUGCGUAUAGGCGAGCGUUCGCCAAAGCUCAUGCCGAAAACCAGGAGUCAUACAAACAAAUUGAAGGUCGAGACGUUAAUAUUGAUCCUGCUACACCUAGAGGAUUGAAGUUCGACGAAUCAACGACUCGUCCGAAAGAUACACCACUUGGCGCCUCACAAAUACUAGUAUGUGAUGCCGUUGAAGGGCCAGCCGAAGAGGGAGCCUUGUCUCCUGAAGGUCAAACGGAGUCACUGGAAGAAGCAACCAAGGAGGGAAAGCAUCAAAUUGUUAAUUUGAACAGCUCUAGCUCCCAAGAUCUUAAUUUCAGCCAGACUGUGUCUCAGCUUGUAUGCAACAAGUGCUUACUCGACAUCACAGGAAGGUCUGUGACGGCCUUGGGCUAUGCAUGGCAUCCAGAUUGCUUCCAGUGUUAUGACUGUGGUGGGCCGCUUGCUGGUCACUUUUUCCCCUCAAAGGAACAAGGAAACGAGCAUAAACCCCUUUGUGAGAAGGACUACAUUCUCAGGCUAGAAUCAAAGUGUUUCAAGUGCGACGAGGCACUUGGAGGAACUUAUAUUACCACUUCCCGGGACCAUGCCUUGGAGUACAGCCAUCAGGAGCAAGCCUAUCAUCCUCAACAUUUUACCUGUGAUGAAUGCGAUACCAUCCUGAGUAUUAAUAGCUACCACGCUUAA